UCAAGAUGAGGGUCAACAGCAAAGUGCUGUGGUUUUUGCUGGCUCUAGUAUUAAUUGCUUUUAGUUCUGCUGAGGCACGCAAACGUAAACACAACCGAGUUCGAGUGGGAAGACACAAUAAUCCCAGUUCCAGUCAUUAUAAUGUGAAACAUGAUCUGAAAUCGUUGUCGAUCAAGCAUAAAUUAAAGUUAUCCAAGGCAAUUGUGGACAAUGCAGUGUCAGCCUCCACAAAGACAGGAACGACGGCAGCGACAAAUGCAGCUAGUCUGGGAAAUGCAUACAACACGGAAUAUUAUAUAACUGUUCAUAUUGGUACACCGCCCCAAGAGUUUCGUCUACUGAUUGAUACUGGCUCCGCGAACCUUUGGGUGCCCUCCAGCAAGUGUCCAUCGACAGUGAAAGCCUGUGCGGCCCAUCAGCGUUAUAACUCGAGUGCGUCCAGCACUUAUAAGGCGAAUAAUACGGCAUUUCAAAUAGAAUACGCCUCGAAUACGGCAGGUGGUGUGGCACUCGAUGGCUUCCUUUCACAGGAUACCGUGGCAAUCGGGGAUUUGGCCAUUAAGAAUCAAGUGUUUGCCGAAAUGACAAAUGAACCAGAUGGAACAUUUUUAACCUCUCCCUUUGACGGCAUGAUCGGUCUGGCUUAUGCAAGUAUAUCGAUAAAUGGCGUCAUUCCGCCAUUAUACAAUCUAAUAUCCCAGGGGCUGAUUCCGGAGCCAAUUUUCUCCAUCUAUCUCAAUCGGAAUGGCACAAACGCCACCAAUGGCGGUGAAUUGAUCCUUGGUGGCAUUGAUCCAGCCCUUUAUAGUGGUUGCUUGACUUAUGUUCCAGUCUCCCAGCAAGGAUAUUGGCAAUUUGAAAUGACCAGCGCCACACUGAACGAUCAAGAGUUUUGUGACAAUUGUCAGGCAAUUCUCGAUGUGGGCACUUCUCUAAUUGUUGUGCCCAACUCGGAGAUAAAGGAGAUUAAUCAAAUUUUGGGUGUAACUAAUCCGAAUGCGACAUCUGGAGCAUUUUUGGUCGAUUGUGCAACAAUUUCAAAAUUACCUGAUAUUAUUUUUACAAUUGCUCGCAAAGAGUUUGCUUUGAAAUCGACGGACUAUAUCCUAAAAUAUGGCAACACUUGUGUAUCAGGGUUUUCCACCUUGGAUGGCAUCGACUUUUGGAUUCUUGGUGAAGUUUUUAUGGGUGCCUAUUAUACUGUAUUUGAUAUUGGUUAUAAUCAAAUUGGCAUUGCCACUGCAGUGCAUUAGGUAGUUUAAUCAAAUUUUUGUUUGUACCUUACUAAUUCGGCAGAGUUGCCACAUGUUCACACUAAUCGACAGUGUUUGUCAGGUGUUGGGUAAAUUUGAAAAGCAUUUUAACGGUCGUUAACUGGAAUAAAAAUAAUAUUAAAAAAAAACAAACUAA